GCGGAAUCUUACUAAGCUGUCGCUCAUCUUCAGUCACAUGCUUGCAGAAAUCAAGGCGAUCUUUCCUGCUGGCCAUUUUCAAGGCGACACGUUCCGCAUCACAAAAGCAGACGCGGCAGAAUUUUGGAAGAGAUUUUUUGGGGAGAAGCCGAUCGUGCCGUGGAAAGUUUUCCGACAGUGCCUUCACGAAGUCCACCCAAUCAGCUCUGGGUUGGAGGCGAUGGCUCUUAAGUCCACUAUCGACCUGACCUGCAAUGACUACAUUUCUGUCUUCGAAUUCGACAUCUUCACCAGACUCUUCCAGCCCUGGGGCUCGAUCUUAAGGAACUGGAACUUCCUGGCUGUGACUCACCCAGGAUACAUGGCGUUCUUAACUUAUGAUGAGGUGAAGGCUCGGCUACACAAAUACAUCAACAAGCCUGGGAGCUAUAUCUUCAGACUGAGCUGUACUCGGCUGGGACAGUGGGCUAUCGGCUACUCCACCAACGAUGGGAACAUCCUCCAGACCAUUCCACACAACAAGCCCCUGUUCCAGGCUUUAAUCGAUGGGUGCAGGGAAGGGUUGUACGUAUAUGGAUAUUCCUAUAAUCCAAUAACUAGUAUUACACAAGCAGUGCAUAAUGCAGCUAAAAAACUAGAGGUACAGUAUUCGCAACACAUUGUUAGUGAUAUUCAUGAAGUCAGAGCACACAGAGGUGGGGAAACACUAUUUGCUGGGGGGUGGGCGGGGUUCAGUGGUAUCAACAAGGCUUUGAACCAGAACAAAAUGCUUUAGAAUCUGGCAAGAAGCGACAUUUCAAAGCAACACUCUCGGCUUCCUCCAAACAGCCUUUAAAUAUGCCGCCCAUAUUCUACAGGGUGAUUUUUAGAAAGUAAGCUUU